AUGACUCUGGGCAAGAACUCCAAGCAGCUUCGGCAUAUGCUCAGAAAUCUGGGCGCAUCUUUAAUUGAACAUGAGAGCGUCACAACCACGCUUGCUAAAGCAAAGAGAACACAAGCACUAGUAGAAAAUCUGAUCACAAAGUCAAAACGUUACAAAGAGUCAGGCCAGCUUGACAAGUUACGCACCAAAUUGGAUGCCGAACUCUACAAACCCGACGUUGUCAUACCCAAAAUGCUCAACGAGCUGACUAAUCGUUAUGCAAACAGAGAUGGAGGAUACACAAGAAUAAUAAAGCUUGAACCUCGUAUCGGAGACAAUGCUCCCCAAGCUAUGCUGGAAUUAGUAGACUCUUCUACCAGAGAGAUGAAGUUCUGGUAUCUUGCGCGCGUGGUUGCCCGACUGGAGCAACAAGGUCUGCCUCUAGAUAAAUUGACUGAGAAGAAUGUCCGGGCUUUGCUGCUUCACAGAAAAAAUGGGGAACAAGUCUUCAGAGAUGCUGUGGCUCUUUGUAAAGAGAGAUGGUACAAGGAUGUCGAGAGCGAGACUAAGCCAAGGAUGAAAUCAGACAAGAAUGGCUUCCACAAGACCUUUACGGACUACAAAGUUGUUCCGAGAGAAAGUCAAUAA